AUGGAAAACACAACUUUCAAAGUAAUAACCUUAGGAAAUUAUGGAGUUGGAAAGACAUCACUAUUACUACGAGCUGUCGACGAAAAUCCAGUAAUUUCAUCAAACUAUAUGUGCACUAUUGGGGUGCAGGCCCAAUGAUCGUGCACUUUUGAUAGUGUGCAUUUCACCGAAGUACAUUUGGUUGAAAUUUUUUUUAAUAGUGAGACCUUUGACCGAAAAAACCCGUCAAAUUUCAACCAAAUGUCACGCAAUUUUAAAAAAUUUCGACCAAAAUGCACUGUCAUUAGCAUGGAGCCUCACUAUUGGUGUUGACUUUAAAACGAAAAUGCAUGUAUUGAAUGGUGAGCCCUAUAAAUUAAUGAUUUGGGAUACAGCUGGCCAAGAACAGUUUUAUCAUAUAAAUAGGCUUUAUUAUAGUGGGUGUAACGGAGUUAUACUUGUCUACGAUAUUACUAGCUUUACUUCCUUUGAAAAAAUUAAACUAUAUUUGUUCUAAUAUAUAAAUAAAUAGCCUAUUUUUUAUAAAAAAAGCUUUAUAGCUUGCCAAUUAUAGCAGAAUAAUUUUUUUAAGGACGAUUUCGAAAACUACUCAGAUGGGAAAAUCCCUAUGGUGUUAGUAGGUAAUAAAUGUGACUGUAAAGAUCGACAAGUAACUCCUGAGCAAGGCCAUGACCUAGCUGAAAAGCUUGAAAUCCCAUUUUUGGAAUGUUCAGCACUAACUGGCAUCCACAUAAACAAAGUUUUCGAUGUUCUUCUACAAGAAAUAGUUAAAGUGGCAUCUAAAGAGGAGCCAGUUUCGAAAACGUCAUUUGUAAUCAAUGCUAUUGUAAAGCAACCGAAAAAGAAAAUUAAGCAAUGCUGCUUAAGCAAGUAA